ACCCAUAUAUGCCUGAGGAAGAGUUCGAAUGGAACGAGUCAAAACUAAAUGCUCUAUCAGAAAUUCUCACCCAAUGGGCUCCACAUGAUGAACUGAAAUUGGAAAAUGUCAUACUUGAGGCAAAAAUGGCCUGGAUUCACGAAUCCACAGAUGCUGUGGCACUCGAGAAAGAAUUCGAAAAAUUACUCAACACCUCAUUCGACCCUCUAAUGGACUAUGAAGAGCACCAACGAGUCAAAAAUGGAGUGUGCUCACCGGCAAAAAGCACAAAAUUGGAUUGGAUCACGAAAUGGGCAAAUAUCGCAGAGAAGCUUUCAAUUUCUCAUAUAAACUGCUCAAAAGCACCUCAUAAGACAAUAAAUUUUCAACGUCUUCAAAUUCUUCCAAAUAUGACUUCAAUUCUAGCAAUUGCUCAUACAGAGGCAGAUAAUGUAAUUUUGAUUUAUGGUCACACGAAAGAAGGAAUCGAUUUUCAAACUGUACUCCGACACUCGUACAGUAAUAUUCCUGAUGGAAGCCUUCAGACAAUCCAUUUCCUCACUAAAAAUCUACUCGACCUAUAUUCCCAAUUAUUCUCGAGAAAGAUCACAGCUGAAUUCAAAACCCGUCAUUUCCGCUGUCUUCCAAGUUUCUGGCUUCAGUAUGAUGUUCUUGCUCCAAUAUUUGAGCAGUUUCGAGCUCCGCGAGCCCCCAGGAUACCUCUUGAUGAGGCAACGUCGAAUUGGGCGAAUAGAAAAUGGGAAAACUAUCAGUAUCUGACAUAUUUGAAUGAUAUCACUGGACGAGUUCGUGGAGAAGUACAUAAUCAUCCGAUUUUUCCGUGGGUGUGUGAUUUUUCCGAGGAAAAUGGCGGGUUUCGGCAAUUAAAUCGAACGAAAUAUCGGCUGUGCAAGGGAGAUGAUCAAUUAAGAGAAAUGUACUCCCGUGAGCCAUCGCAUCACGUUCCCGAGCUGCUCUCAGACAUUGGUUACAUGGUCUACAGAGCCCGUGUGGAGCCUAAGGAUAACCUAUGCCGGCAUGUACGACGGAAGUGGGUACCCGAAGAGUACCCAUCGACGAUGAGCAGAAUGUACCAGUGGACUCCUGACGAGUGUAUUCCAGAGUUUUAUGAUGAUCCGUCGAUUUUCAAUUCUUGCCACCCGGAUAUGGCUGACCUCCGAUUUCCCGAAUUCGUGUCUUCCCCACAGGAAUUCAUUGAAUGGCACCGGAAAAUGCUGGAACACGAGGAAGUUUCCAUGAACCUCCACAGAUGGAUCGACCUCGUUUUCGGAUUUAAUCUCGCCAUCGACAAUAGCAAGAACGCGCUGAAUCUUCAUCUAUGCUUUGUGGAAAAGAAUCGACGGGGGCUUCGGACAACGGGAAUGGUUCAACUGUUCAAUAGACCUCAUCCGAUAAGGAUGCCGUUGAAUUAUGAUCCGAAACUCGACAAUUACCAUUUGAAAAUGGAGUCCUUCGGAUUUGGUAUGACUUCUGAACAUCGCAAGGAACCCGAAGUUGAACCAGAUGAGGAUAGCCACUAUCAGAUCUACCAAAAGAUCAAGAAAGUUCGGCGUCUCCGCCACAAUACAUAUUUCUCAUCAAUGGUAUCAGCAAUGGAAGUGAUGGCGCAGAUAGUGUUGGCACCGCAUCUGGCAGGACGAUUUGAUGAUCCUGAUCACAUUCGACGAUGCAUCCAACUCUAUUCCUAUCGGAUUCCUGCAAACUAUCGGAGACUCUUUGAUUUUCUGUUCAAUACAGAGCAAGACUUUCCAGAUUGUGAUGAAUUCUCGUUUUUCGUUUCUGUUCGACUCAACAUUCCGACUAAGAUCUUAAACUUUUCUGAAGAGUUUGGCAAAUGUGUAUCCCUGCAUAUCCUGAGAAAGUUGGACGUGAUUCCGCCUUUCUCCAAACGAUCCCAGUUAAUCAUUCUGAAAGAAGUGGAAAGUCUAAAGAAAUCAAUUAGACUUUGCGACCACAUGGAACAAUGUGUAGUGGCGGCAUUCCAGCAGCUACUCGAAGACGAAGAAGCAUGCAUUCAAUCCGUACAUCGACUUAUGCCAGUGAUCACGAGAAGCUUAAGCCAAUCCGCACUGGAAGAUCUGAUCAAUCCGAUGAUCGAGCUGAUUCAAUGUGAAACUUCAGUAAAGCUUCUUGAUCGUCGUUUUCUGAUGCACGUAUCAAUUUGCUACGGAACUCACACCUUCCUCGACCUUUUCCUUCCACCGAUCGUUGAAGCGUGCGCAUCCAUGAAUUGUGAUAGAUCAGUGGUGGCAAAGGAAAGCAUCAUGUGGCUCGCGAAACGAUAUGGUCCGGUGAUCUGCGCAAAGUUCAUCUCGUCGAAUGUUUUGAGGAUCAUGGCGAGUUGUUACGAGGCAUUUGAGAUGGUUGGGUUGGAGCAGCAACCAAAGGCUGUAUUCAACGUAGUUCUACAAGGUGACGAAACAUGCUCUCGCAUCGAAUCCCUCCUCUCCGAGAUUGUCCUAACCUACAGUGUGACAUUCAUCACCGUCCAAUUUCUCCCGUUUUGUGUUGACUUGAUUGAGCAGUUCCACAAACGAUCGUCUGUACAGCUGGAGCCGGGACUGGUGUCUGUUUUCCGGAUUGUUGAGCUCUCCAUCCGAUCCAUGUCAGAUCAUCAGCUAAUGAACUAUCUUGAGGAGUUCAUCAUCCAGAAAGUGAUCUAUCGAGUACUCACUAUUCUGCUGGACGCUAGUUUUCAAUUUUCUUCCAUGAGAGUUCGAAUUAUCAUUAUUUGCAAGGUCUGCCAACUUCUUCAUUCGAUAACCCAGAAGAUCGGAACCGAGAACACGCGGAUCUACGCUAAUCAACCCUUCAAACUUAUGUUCUCCACAUUCAGUGAGAUCUAUGAAACCGACGAAGAGCUGAGGAUCAAUCUCAGGAAAAGACCUUCGGAAAAUACCCUCUUCGAAGUUCCCCUAUGGAUGGUUGAAGAUGUCGUUGACAAGUUUGCCAAAGAAUGGGGUGUUCCAUUCCUCUCCUCUUUCUGUGAUGAUCCUGCAUUCCUGAUUCCAUUCGUAUCCAACUCAUCCUCAUCCUCAUCUCCACCAGCUUCCAUUGCUCAUUCUCCACCGUCCGCAUUCACAGCGUACUCACUAGGUGGAAUGUCAUCCGGCAAUCGACUUUUCUCGCUUUCCGCGUCAAGUCCUGUAAAUUCUGUGAAUAGCUUGGGAGGCCUCAGCUUCUGUGAUUCGGGAUCGUUGAGCGCUGUCUGGUGUGCUAGGGUGUCUGCGGCGGUCUGUGGCGUUGACAAUUAUCGGUUUGACCAUCUUUCGCUGUGCAAUUACACUGGUCAUCAAGAGAAAAUCCGAAAAUUGGCUGCAAUUUCCAAUGAGAAUUCAUUUGUGUCGGCUUCAUCAGAUAAAACUGUGAAACUAUGGUCUAUCAAACCGGAACUCGAUGAGAUCGGAUGCCAAUGGACAUAUCAGAAACAUACUCGACCAGUACACGACAUCACAAUCCUGGCUGAUAACUCGAUUGCAUCCACCGACGGUGUUCUUCAUGUUUGGGAUCCGUUCAGAACGACGCUUCUCGCUCAAAUGGAAUGGGACUCCAAGGAGGGUAGUGGUGGGAACAUAAUGCGUGUGGAGAACGUAGAUCGGCACAUUCUCUCGGCAAUUUGCAGUCUUCAUUCGACGGUCAAGCUGUUUGAUAGUCGAGUUGGUGGAUGGACAUGCGAGUUGAAAGUUUCACCUGGUCCUGGAUUAACAAGAGCAAUUACUGUCAGAGAUAAAGGUAAUAAAAUGGCAGUCGCCCUAUCCAACGGAACUCUCGCGAUUCUUGAUGCCCGAAAUGGAAAGAUCAACGCGCUGGCGCAAACGAAUUCCACGCACACCGUCUCGGUCAAUUGGCUCAGUGACACUCGACUUCUUGUCUGCGAUGCGGACGAGUGUGGCAUCUUCCUGGAAACUAAUCCGCGCGCACAUAUUGUCCGAAAGCUUCAGGAUCCAGUAAGCGCAGCUUGCCUUACGGACAACUCAUUGGUAACGCUGCAAAAUGGGACCAUUCUCAGAGUAUACCGAAACAGUGGUGAACUUCAAAUCGAGACGAAAAUCCGUCCGGAUGAGCUUCCGGGUACCCCGACUGCUGUGUUACCCCUUCCACUCAAUUGCUCCUAUCUGAUAGGCUCCAGUCAUGGUGCAAUACGCCUUAUGUGUUAAUUAUGCUUGUAUAAUUUGUAUGAAAUUUCCCAUUUGUUCUGUGAUCCUUCCUCAUUCCGCAUAAAGUAAAUAUCUGC